AUGGAGUUUGUACAGUCCCCUGUACAAACUCCAAGGACCCAAAACUUGUGGAGAAAACCAAAGAGGAAGAAGAGCACACCGACAGGAAAUCCAAAGCAACUUGUGGUUGCUGAUGACAACGAUGAUAAAAUGCCCAAAAAGAAAAGAAUGAAACCUGAGAACAACAAACUGAUAAUUGGUCAAGAUCCACGGCCAAUCAGUUCUGAAGAUUCUGUCAAGAAAUUUGAGACAAGGAUGACACCGAACCAUCUCUUCCAACUCAUCACUGAAAUCAAUAAACCAACAGAUCUUACAAAAGAGCCAGAUGUGGUAGAUUAUUGCCAACUACAAAGGCAGGCUAUCAGAGAUAUGGGAUUUGGCGCAUUGCUGGAUCUCAAAAUCAAAAAUAUUCCAACAGCCUUGUGUAAUUUUCUGGCAAGCAAUUUCCAGACCGGUGCCAGACAAGUCCCAUUGAAUGGGAACACUGUACUGGGUAUCAAACAGGAAGAUGUUGUUGCUGUACUUGAUCUUCCUUGUGGACCCAAACAGUGUGAGUAUGAGAGAGCAUAUCCGAGGUCAUUCCCUGUGAUCAAAUCUUGGGACCAAAGGAUGAUGGACGACAGAAUAAGGCUUCAGGGAAGCAAUUUCACAGAUGUCCAGACACUUGAACGUCUCAAGAAACCGUCCUCAGCAACAUCUCGAGAUGAGCAACCAGAGGCUGAAUCACAGAAGGAGGAUACACAGGGAAUCCCCAACACACAGCAAGUCUAUGACCUUGCCGCUCUUUACGAAAAAUUCUACCAAUUGAUUAUCACGAUGAGCAAAACUGUUUUAGACAUUCGUGAGAAGGAAAUGGAGUUAAGAAUCGAACCAGAUGAACAAGCAAAGCAAACAAUCAAGAUCCUAUCAGAUGCAAUGGUGUCGAUGAGUAGAAAGAUGCCUCCGCCUUCAGAAGCUCCAAUUAAUCACGCAAAAUUUCAAGACAUUGAAAUUGACAAAGCACAGGGACUGGAGCAAUUGAGCCAGACAAAUGAUGAGGCUUCUAUUGCAGUGGGGAAAACUGUGCCUACUUCAAAAGAAGUGGUGGUUGAUGAACCACAAACUCAACUACAAGGGGCACAGGGACUGGAUCAAUUGAGCCAGACAAAUGAUGAGAAUUCUCUUCCAGUGGGGAAAUCCGUGCCUACUUCAAAAGAGGUGCGGGUUGAUGAAAAACAAACUCAACCAAGAGAACAUGCAACGAAUGUCUCCACGACAGAAAAGAAGAGAUCCCAUCAAGAUUCCACCGGGCGGGAUUCAGCUGUGACAUCCACCUAUACCAAAAGGUCGAGAAGCACUGGUACCAAGAAAAGGAAAGCAUUGAAAGACGCAAGUAUCCCAAGCUUUAACCUGGGUAUCUUCUCCAGUCAGGAAGACAGUUACGAGACAACCCAGGAGAAGAACACUCAGGAAGAUGUCACAGUAAGGGUUGAUCUGGAUAAAGAUGUGAAUGAGACUAUAGAAGCAGAAGAAUAUCCAGUACCAUGUGCUCUGGACGAAACAAAGAAUCCCAUUCCUUCCAUCGAUGAAAUUAUAACAAGGGCCAGUGCACCAGCUUCAGAGUCGUCGAGUGAUACAGAAAAACUAGAGAUCAUUGCAGCUGUUGCAGAACAAGUUGAGAAAAACCCAGAGGUAGUUGAAGCAGUCCCUUUAAGCAUAAUUCCACCCGAUUGGAAUGCUGCUUCUACGAUGGGUCGUCUACUCAUGCUGGACAAAAAUGAGUGUACCACGCCACCGCCUGCAAUCUCAAAGAAAGCUGAAGUACUUGAUGAAGGGUUAACAAAGACAGUGGAAAAGAUCCUCAAUCAAAAACCUAGGAGGAGAAAUCCACCAAGAAUCCACCGGUUGCCCGAACGGUUCAGGUCGCCGUUCAUGCUGCAGAAGAAAAACAAGAAAAAAUUCAUACAGUUGACAGAGGAGAACAAGAAAAUGACCGAGGAAGAAGCCCUGUUGAUAGACUUCGCUCUCUUGCAGAGACAAGAAGAAAUUGUUAAAUCAGCGCAAAAGCCACCAUCCUUACCCGUGCGAUAA